AUGGCUGACUCUUCUCUCGGAUUUCAAAACAUUUUCACGUUUGGAAGGAAAGAGGAAAGUGAUGUAAGUACAGUAACAAACUUGUCUGUGGUGGAAAUCUGGCUGCCUUACGAUCGCACACUGAGAAUGGCUGCAGAGAGUGACUCCGCACUCAUUGAAGUUGAGAGUGAUGAAGAGAAUCCGAAUGUGAAGAGAGUCGAUGAUGUGUGCUCGUGUACGUUCGGCGCGGGGAGUGACGGCGAUACCGCGCCCAACGAAAAUCCCCCGCCUCGAUUUAAUGCGCCAAAUCGCUGCGCCUCGUGCACGUCGGUCAAGUCAGCGCUAAGUUGGAACGACAAUGCACUGACGACUCCAUACACGAGAAAAGAACAGAGUGAAAAGCACACGGCUGGUGCAGUGGACAAACGCCAUACAGACGCACAUACACGAGGGGUGCCUCACAAGUGUGCUUCUCUGUGUACGAGCUGUGAGUGGCGCAGAAAUCUUAAGCGACCUGCAGUUUUGUUGUGCUGCGCUGUGUGGUUUGUGCUGUCGUUUGUGCUUGCCAUUCUGCUCGUGCUCUAUUCGAGAGGAAGCCUUGCGGGGAUGGACCUCUAUAUGGCAGGUCGGGAAGCAGCUGGAGCAGAUGCGGUGGGAUGCAAAGGCAGCGAGUGGGGAGAGUGGACAUCGUUCUCGCCGUGUAGCCACACAUGUGGUAAUGGACUGCAAGAGCGGACUCGAGUCUGUCAAACACAACACAGCGAUGAAGCACCAAAUUGCACACGAAGAAACGUGGAGCAGAGAAGUUGCAACAAAAAGCAAUGCUCACCAGUUAAUGGUGGAUUGUCGCCAUGGCAACCAUGGGGUGAUUGCUCUCGUGAGUGUGGGGGUGGGAUACGUAUGCGUAACAGAACGUGUACAAAUCCUAGUCCGCAGUAUGGAGGCAGUGACUGCAAUGACAAUGAUACAGACCAGAGAAAAUGCAAUACUCAUGAUUGCUCGCCAAUCGAUGGUAAUUGGUCGUCGUGGUUGAGCUGGAGUGUGUGUACGGCCACGUGUGGAGGAGGAACGCAAGUGAGAGUUCGUUCCUGCACCAACCCGGUGCCACAAUGGGGUGGAGCUGCAUGUCAAGGUGAAAGCGAUGACCUGCAGACAUGUAGUGAAGAGAAAUGCCCACCAGUUCAUGGAAAUUGGUCAGUAUGGUCAAUGUGGACACCUUGUUCACGAACGUGUGGCCUGGGAACAAAGAGUCGUAUGAGAUCAUGUACAAAUCCGUCACCAAUGCAUGGCGGUAACGACUGUGUUGGCUCAGCAGUAGAUUAUAACAGCUGCAGAGAUGGCGACUGCCCACCUGUUAAUGGCUCAUGGACAGUUUGGUCAUCUUGGACCAGCUGCAGUGAUACAUGUGGUGGAGGCAGCCAAAUACGAAUAAGAUCGUGCACCAAUCCACCUCCUUCCAGUGGAGGAAUGAGCUGCAGAGGAUCAAGAACUGAAAGACAAGAUUGUAGCACUCAAAUGUGCCCACCAGUUGAUGGAGCGUGGGGACCGUGGGAAUUAUGGAGUCAAUGCUCUCACACAUGCGGCAUUGGUGUGAUUCGACAACGCACUCGACAGUGUGACAGCCCCCCUCCCCAUCAUGGCGGCAAAAGCUGCAAUGGCGACUCCCUUCAACAACAAGCCUGUCACGUGCAACCAUGUCAAUUCAAUUAAUGAAACAAAACUUUUGAUGGACAUUUGUAACGGUUGGAAUUAAUCAGGAAACAAGAACACACAGUAGAAUAUGAAAUAAAUAAAUAAUUAAUUAAUUAUUUUAGAUGACAAGUGAGAUGAUGUACAUACUUGUAGUAUGUGC